GCGCUCAAGCGACGGGCUCUUCAAACCGUGGGAGUGGCGCGGCGGGAGGAGUCCCUGGACUCCUCAAUCGAGGGAGCUACUCGCGAGGUAAGGGGCGCGCCUGACCGGCUCCUAAAGCGCACUCGCUCGUCCGCACUCCUCGUGCUCCGAAUUCAGCCUCGCCACACCCGGGAUUCAGAGCCCACAGAACUUCUCAGCCCCGUGUCGGCGACGAGGAGCUCAUGGUAAAACAGCGCCUAGGGUUUCGCUUGUUUGUUUGUUUUUAACAGAUGCCUACGACUUGUAAUAGGCUGCCUCAUAAAAUGAGUCUAUGGAAACGGUUGCCAGGGCCGGCGAACGGCGGCUCCCGGAAGUCCUUUGAUGCUUUGGUAACAGUGAAGCUACUGGACCAAUAAGCGCCUCUUCCGGUUUUGUCCGCGGUCGCCCAGUUCUUCUUUAUCAAGGUUGCCUUUGACCCCGGGAAAGAGAUCUUCCGGGUUCCUCUCUCCCCAAGAUGGCUGCUGAGGACGAAUUACAGCUGCCGCGGCUCCCCGAGCUGUUCGAAACGGGCAAACAGUUACUGGACGAAGUAGAAGUAGCGACUGAACCUGCCGGUUCCCGGAUAGUCCAGGAGAAGGUGUUCAAGGGCCUGGACCUCCUUGAGAAGGCUGCCGAAAUGUUAUCGCAGCUAGACUUGUUCAGCCGAAAUGAAGAUUUGGAAGAGAUUGCUUCCACCGACCUGAAGUACCUGUUGGUGCCAGCGUUUCAAGGAGCCCUCACCAUGAAACAAGUCAACCCCAGCAAGCGUCUAGAUCAUUUGCAGCGGGCUCGAGAACACUUUAUGAACUACUUAACUCAGUGCCAUUGCUACCAUGUGGCAGAGUUUGAGCUGCCCAAAACCAAGAACAAUUCAGCUGAAAAUCACACUGCCAAUUCUUCCAUGGCUUAUCCUAGCCUCGUUGCUAUGGCAUCUCAAAGACAGGCUAAAAUAGAGAGAUACAAGCAGAAGAAGGAGUUGGAGCAUAGGUUGUCUGCAAUGAAAUCUGCUGUGGAAAGUGGUCAAGCAGAUGAUGAGCGUGUUCGUGAAUAUUAUCAUCUUCACCUUCAGAGGUGGAUUGAUAUCAGCUUAGAAGAGAUUGAGAGCAUUGACCAGGAAAUAAAGAUCCUGAGAGAAAGAGACUCCUCAAGAGAGGCAUCAACUUCUAACUCAUCUCGCCAAGAGAGGCCUCCAGUGAAACCCUUUAUUCUCACUCGGAACACGGCCCAAGCCAAAGUAUUUGGAGCUGGUUAUCCAAGUCUGGCAACUAUGACGGUGAGUGACUGGUAUGAGCAACAUCGGAAAUAUGGAGCAUUACCGGAUCAGGGAAUAGCCAAGGCAACACCAGAGAAAUUCAGAAAAGCAGCUCAGCAACAGGAAGAACAAGAAGAAAAGGAGGAAGAGGAUGAUGAACAAACACUCCACAGAGCCCGGGAGUGGGAUGACUGGAAGGACACCCAUCCUAGAGGCUAUGGCAACCGACAGAACAUGGGCUGAUCUUCCCACAACACGACAGGACUGCAGGGUGCACAACUCCCCCGCCAAGAAAAACCACGCAGUCCUCCCCUCCCUGGGCUCCCGCUUCAGCUCUGUACAACGAAGGCAAAGAUGCUAAAUCUUGCUUUGCAUUCAAUAAAGUGUCAAGUGAUUAAGUGUGUAUUUGUACCCUAGAUGAUGUGAGCCAGCAGUCUUGUUUUGGCAUCAUCUUCAUCACAUUGUAUUCCAGUUUCUUAAGUGGAGAGAAAAGAGUGCUGAGAAAUGGCUCUGUAUAAUCUAUGGCUAUCCGAAUUCUCUGAAAAAACAAUAAAAGCCCCCUCUACUACAUGAGCCUGUACAGAAA